CAUUUUCUCCGUGGCGCAUGCGCUUUAAGUUCUAUUUGACAACAUGGACAAGAGUAUUUUCUUGAAAUCAAUGUUAAUUGUUGUCGUCAUGUGUCUUUUGAACUGUAAUUGGUGCCAUGGAAUGAAGAUAAGUAGGGUUCUACAAAAAUUCGAAACAGUUCGUGAUAAAUCAGGGAGAAAAUUCGACUUUUCCGAAGACUGUUAUUCAAUAAGUACGAAACGAAACAAGAGGAAUGUCAUUCUUCAAGAUUAUAUAACAAGUAUAAAAGUAAGUGACUAUAUGGAGAGUAAGGAUAUGACACCAAGAUAUUUGCUUGAAAAAUUAGCUAGUUUUUAUAAAGUACCGUCCGAACAUGUUCACUUAAAAAUGUGUGGUCAGAAAGCUUUGUUCUAUGUGGUUAAGAAAGAAGCUAAAGCUAAUUCUGUGGAUGUGAAAGACUGGAUAGCCCCUUAUCUUGUCAGUGCAAAAUUGAAUGCUGCUAUUGCUGCUGUUCCUUCCGAAAUAGGCUUGACGGCCCAGAGUCAGAAACAGUCUAAUGAGGAAGAUAAGAGCGUAAUGGAAUACGUUCCUUACGUAGUCGUCGCCGUUAUUUGCCUAGUGUUACUGGCUGUCAUAUUAUCGGUAUGGGCUUUUACUAGACGUAAGAAGUCAGAAAAAUGUCAGGAGCAGCGUUUAGUCUGCGUCUAUCCGAGUGUUAAGCCGAAUCUGAUCAGUACGAGUCAAGUACAGCCAGAUUCGCCCUCACCCAGCCCUUUCAGUACUCCGAAAAUAAAAAACAGGAGUUUACUGGAAAGGCGGGGUUCCAAUGCAUCCUUGACUAUAAGCUUAACACCCCCACCACCCCAAAAAUCGGCUAUCAAAGAAUGUAGCGCUCAACUGUCUUUGGAGAGUAAUACUCGAUGCCUUUCCUUCAAUGAACUCAGCUCUACAUUAGAAAAUGUUGAAAGUUUAACGAAAGAAUUCUGGGAAAUACCAAUGAAUCAUCCGGAUAAGGCGAUUGUUAGCGGUUCCGGUACAUUGAAUCGCUAUAGGACAAUUAUUCCGAACGAAACAACGCGAAUUAAGUUAAACGAACAAGAUGGUAAGCCAGGAUAUAUUAACGCUAAUUACAUCCGGGGCUACAACGGUCAGAAAAGAGCUUUCAUAGCUACUCAAGGUCCGAUGCCGCACACGAUAGUUGAUUUUUGGAAGAUGAUUUGGCAGGAGAAAUGUGAAAUAAUUAUUAUGAUUACGAAAUUGGAGGAAGAAGCAAGAAACAAGUGUGAAAUGUAUAUACCAGAAACUGGUGAUGUACGUCAUGGUGAUUUUGAAAUUUCCGUCGAGAAUAUUAGCUAUCAUUCGAGUUAUGAGAUACGAGCAAUUUGCUUCAGAUAUAAUGAUGAAUCAAGAACGGUGAAACAUUUUUGGUAUACUGCCUGGCCGGAUCAGAAAACUCCUGAAACGGCAAGAGAUUUGGUUCAACUAAUUGAGGAUGUCAAAUCGGUAAAGAGGGACCAACCCGUCGUCGUUCACUGUAGUGCUGGUAUUGGAAGAACCGGCUGUUUUAUAGCGACUUUUAUAGGCAUACUGCAGAUUUUAAUGGAAAAAAAGCUAUUUCAAUAAAAAAAAGGGUAAAUGGAAAAGUUUAUUGAAUAUUCAAGAUAAUAAAAGAAGAGAACGUUAUAAAAUUAUCUAUACGAAAGGAUUUUUGUUACAAGAUGUAUAGUUUAUUCUUCAAAAUUGCUGACAAUUCAACAAACAAGGCAGAAAAAGGAGAUCACAUGACGACAUUUAUGUACUAGCUUUAGGUUUAAACUUCUUAGCAUUGAGAAAAUUGUCUAGGAAACUGAGAGUCAAGUAGGUUGGCUUAUACUUCUUUGAUUACUUUUGUUUCGACGUGAUAGUCUUCUAUUUUAUAGGUUUCGAAAGCAACCGUCGUCUAGAAAGAAGCCAUACGGAAGUUUUAGAAUCGUACGAAUCUACGAAUCGUACAAGAGACAAGAGAGAAAGAGAAAGAGAAAAAGAGAGAGAGACGCUUCAAUUUCUAUAAAUACUUUAUACGGAAAUCUAGUUCUGUUAAACGGGCAAAAUGAGAAGGAGAAAAGAGAGCGAGAGAAAGUUAAAAACCUCCUCUUAACAAUAAUACAAUAUUUACAAAAUCUACCAACUAAGACAGAGACCCUUUUCUUCUAAUCUCUAUCUUCACUUACAUCAGUUCUUUGUUUUUUCCUCUCUUACUACUUUUUUUUUUUACAUUAAAAUACUAAUUGAGAAAGAUAUUCAUUAAGAUUAAUUAAUAUGUGAUAUACAGCAUGCAUAUUCUCGAGUUGUUUUUUCCAAGAACCUUUAAUGACGUUUAUAUUAGUCUUUU